AUGGCCUCUAGCCUUUCAUCAAAGACCCUCCAGGCCUGCUCAUCGCCUAGAUGCGUCUUGUUCCAUAAUAAAGACCGGUCUGUCUUCCUCGUCGACAUUCCAGCCUCUCUGGAGGAAAGCCAGGUCUUGCUGGGUCAAGGUGCCGAGACAGGACAACCACAAAGAAGGCUCCUCUCGGUGGCCCCCAUUUCCACACCGUUUACGCUACCAGAGCCCCGGGACCCCCAAACCAACAACCAGACGCCGGCCAGCCAGCUCGCAGACCUCAUGAUCGAGGCGGCGGUGAACAAUGCCCUCGACACGCUAAAACGGGGCUACGACGCGCCGUUUUGUCUUCCUCGUGUCACCGGCGGCGGGAGUAGCAACGCCAGUAGCGGUCGCGAGUGCAGCGAGAGCCCGCAGGAUCAUCCCGCACCUAAGGACGACGACGUCGCCGCCGCCGCCCGAGACGCGGCUGCGGCUGCGGCGCACUUUAUUCCUCCAGAGUCUACGUACCUGAGCGGCUCGAUCCAGGAGACUAGAGAAUCCUUCCUCUCAACGGCGCCCAAGUUUGACCUCAUCAUCAUGGACCCUCCUUGGCCGAAUAAAUCUGCGAGAAGGAAGACUGGCGGCUAUUCGACGGUCUACGGACUCAAGGAGACUCGUGCGCUUCUGGACCAGAUACCCGUCGCCGCCCAUCUCGCGGACAGCGGUCUCGUUGCUGUUUGGAUGACUAACAAAGCUACGCUGGCAGAUUUGCUCACUUCACCUAGAGGCGUUCUCGCGUCUUGGGGUCUUGAGGUCGCCGCCGAGUGGCAGUGGGUUAAGAUUACGGCUCAUGGAGAUCCCAUAUUCGACACAGAGUCUGCAUGGAGAAAACCUUGGGAGAGGCUCAUCAUUGCGAGGAAACGAGGUAACAACCAAAAAGUACCCGGGAGGAUAAUUGCUGCCGUCCCUGACGUCCACUCACGGAAGCCAAACCUCCGCUGCUUAUUCGACGACUUGCUACCCCAAGGAUAUCGCGGUCUCGAGGUAUUCGCACGUAAUCUGACUGCCGGUUGGUGGGGAUGGGGUAAUGAAAUCCUUCACUUUCAAGAGCCUCAUCACUGGGUGAUACCAGCUGUGUCGAGACAAAACACAUCAAAGAAAACCAAAUCCCAAGAUACCAAAACCAAUUGA